CGCCGGAAGUGAGGAGCCGGUUUGCUUCCGGACGAGGAGAGAAAGCAUGGAAGAUGAGCUCGCAGAGAGGGAACGUAUCCCGGACGCGAGCUCAACGGCACCAGAACGCUCAAGGCUUCCGGAAUGACAAGUAUGACUCCAGCGCCCAACGUAAGAAAAUCAAUGCAAAACACCACGAAGGGCUUUGUCAACACUGUAAGGAGGUCCUGGAAUGGCGGGUAAAAUUCAACAAGUAUAAGCCAUUAACACAAGCUAAAAAAUGCACAAAAUGUUUGCAAAAGACUGUAAAAGAUUCUUACCAUAUUAUCUGCAAGUCAUGUGCCUGCGAACUAGAGCUGUGUGCUAAAUGUGGAAAGAGGGAAGACAUCACGAUUCCAAUUCAGACAAAUCUGCAGCAUACCGAACAAAUGCCUUCCCAAAACCAUCAAAGACAGAGUAACAGAAAGGAUGUAUUUGAGAAAGAUGAUGAAACAAAUUUAAGUGGCUUGGAAGAUGAAGAUCUGGAUUUACUCACAUAGCAGAUUAAAAAUUUAAACUGACAACUACAGGGAUCUAAACGAUUUCUUCAAAACAAAGCUUUUAGGCAUCGUUUCAUUUCUUCCUAAAUGAUUUGUUGGACAUUUUUGCGCUGUGUGGAGUUCAUGGCAUCUGGAAAUAGUUUUCACAAAUCUUAUGAUUCUGUUUUCUUCAAAUUUGCUUAAGCGUUCUGUUGUUAAUUUAAUAAGUUAAAUAGCAACAGGUAUGGUAUCCUAUAUCUGACUUCAAUGUAUUUGUUGUUUCUCAUUCUUUUCCUGACUCCUGUGCUUUCUUUCAGUCACCUUAUUCCUUUUGUUUAUAAGGCAAGUAACUUCCCACUUCAAUUUUUUUUCUUCAACAAUUGUUGUUUCAUCUUUUACAUUUAUUUCUGCAUGUGUAGUACUUCCUCUGCCAAAUUAUUGUCUUUAAUGAGGUAACAGCAUCACAAAAUCACUAACGAUUUGGCCUAGAACCCUAUCAUAUUAGAGGGAAAGCAGAGCUGGUCCAUCUCCUUGGCUAAGGGAAAAAGGGCUUUACCAUCUUCAGGGCCACUCAUGCUAUUGUUUCUCCUCUUGUUAUAAGGAAUCAUAAUAGAACAUUGGAGGAGCUUAAACUGCUUCUGCUUCUUUUUCUUCUUCCUUUUGUCUGCUUUUCUUCUUGCCUCUUCUGCCAUUAAAUUGUUUCUCCCUCAGCCUUACUUUAACACCACUGAUCUUGUAAAGCAUUGUAAGAGCAUUUUGUAACACACGGAAUAAAACACAUAAUAAGCAGAGGCCAGUCAGAUCCAUUCUGUGACUCCUAUACCCAGAACAUGAAAGAAUCUAGCCCUUUUACUGCAAACCCUUUGCACAGUGCCUAAGUGCCAGGAUCCCUGGUGGUUCAGUGGUUAAAAUGCAGUAUUGCAGGCAAACUCUGCCUACAGCCUGGAUUUCAAUCCUGAUGGGGCUCAAGCUUGACUCAGCCUUUCAUCCUUUUAGCCUUCCAGGUAGCUAAAAUGACACAGAUUGUUGGGGACAAUAUGCUGACAUUGUAAACCGCCCAGAAUGUGCUGUAAACUACUAUGGGACUGUAUAUAAGUCUAAGUGCUAUUACUUUUGCUAAGAUAUAGUGGUCAUACUGAUAAAGAUAAAAAACAUCAAGACAAGUAACAGAUCCUUUCUAAACUGUAAUUACUUUCAUUUGGAAAAUGAAUUGUCAGAUAGGAAAAGGAAACCAGGUGCUUUACAAGAAAUACGUUUUGUAUCAUUCCUACCCUUGGUUUGGAGAAAAUUAAAGAAAUUAUAAUAUUAUAA